GCACGCUGCUCCUCGAGCUACCGACGACUUUCUGGAUCAUACUAAGCCCCUUCGCUCUGUCACUUCUGCAGGCUUCACCUGGACCACGACCUCCACGCGAAUCUAGGCUGCAUUCACUUUGUGCCGGAUCCGGUGCAUCAUCGCCUACCGCCCGGCGUUCAACCUUUAACCUUGCUGGCUGGCAUUACCGCUUCCACUUAACACCUGCACGCCCUCUUCUCUGCCGAGAUUGCUCUACCUCCUAUCGCCUUUCCACCACCGCCUUGCUCCUGCAACAGCACCGCAGCAGCUCCCGACACCCGCUUCCAGCGACGCCUCCGCACCGCUGACGACAGCCUACCUCAGCCGCCACCAUGGCUGCAGAACGAGCGCUCAUGAACGAGUACAAGUCCCUCGCAAAAGAGACCUGGACUGAUAUCUCGCUGAUCAACGAGAACAUCUUCGAGUGGUCCGUGGCAUUGAUCGUGCUGAAUCCCGACUCCAUCUACUAUGGCGGCUACUACAAGGCGAAGAUGACCUUUCCCAAAAACUACCCCUACGAGCCACCGACGUUCACCUUCACUCGCCCCUUGUGGCAUCCCAACGUCUAUACCGACGGCCGUCUCUGCAUCUCCAUUCUACACCAGCCCGGGGAGGACCUCAUGAGCGGGGAGGAUGCGGGUGAGCGGUGGUCACCAGUACAGCGGGUGGAGAGCGUCCUCAUAUCCGUCCUGUCGCUGCUGGAUGAUGCGGAGUGCAGCUCACCCGCCAAUGUGGACGCCGGUGUGCAGUUGAGGAACGAUCCCGAGGGGUACAAGAAGCGUGUCGCGGAGGAUCGUGAGAAGAGCAAGCAAGACAUCCCUGCAGGGUUCGAGAUGCCGACCCAUGAGACCGCGUUCAAGAAGGAGGAAAAGGUCGUCGACAUGAGCUGGAGCGACAGUGAGGUGGAAGACGACUUCGACGACAGCGAUGACGACGAGGAGAUGUUCGAUGAGAACGAGGGCACAGACGAAGAGGACGACGAAGAGUAAUCUUCCUUCCUACUCUUCACCUCACGAGACUGGCUACAUGCCAUGAUAUACUUCAUGAGCACCACGAGUACACGAACAGCAUCUAUCGAUUUGGGCAUGAUUUCAGCGAGGAGUUUGGGCGCGGGAUUCCGCGGCACGUAAAGCGCACGCAUACUACUUUUUGGGCCAUGGGUGGAGAGGCACGUUCCGUGUAGCGCAUACAGCAGACAGCAGUGCCCUCGACCACAGCUAUGACUAUCGCUCUAGUUCAAUUGAAAUUCAGUGAAAGACUCCUGAAAUUAAGUCUCGACGCGUUUGACGGUCGGCAU